CCAAAUCCAUCACACACCCUUUCACAAAAUCCUCACUUUCUUUCCAUCUGCAACAAAACGAUUCAUCAAAAUUCACUUCGAUUCAUCAAAAUUCAAUUCGAUUCAUCAAAAUUCCGCGUUUUGCAUAUUAGGAAAAUCAUUCAAGUCAUGGGUUCCGCUUCUCUUCUCAAUUCUUCAGAUCCUGGUGUGUUAAGGACAGCACGAGUAAAUAGGAUCCUGUUGUUUCGAACACUGAAGAGGAAGUUAGGGCUGGUGGCAAGCAAAAGAAGCGAAGUUUGUCAGAGAGCAGUGAGCAGCCUGCUCCUACUCGUAAAAUGCCCAAACGAUCAGCGAGUGCAACAAGUAAAAAUUUGAAGGAGAAGUCUUUUUCCAAAUCUGAUAAGUCUGAUCUUAUUGAAACAAAGAAGGAUCAGGUUGUAGAAGAAGAAUUUCUUGCUGUCCGUAUGACUGCUGGACAGGAGAAUGGCCGCCCAAAUAGAAGAAUCACAGACUUUAUCCUUCAUGAUGAAUCUGGUGCAGCAAAGCAACUUGAGAUGCUUGAAAUCAAUGAUUUGUUCAUCACUGGACUUAUAUUGCCACUGGAAGCAAGCACAUACAAGAAAAAAGAGCAAGGUGUCCGAUGUGAAGGCUUUGGUCGAAUUGAAUCGUGGGAUAUAUCUGGUUAUGAAGAGGGUGCUCCAGUGAUAUGGAUUUCUACUGAUAUUGCUGAUUACGAUUGCCAGAAACCAGCUGCUAGUUACAAAAAGUAUUAUGAUCAAUUCUUUGAAAAGGCCCAUGCUUGCAUUGAAGUAUACAAAAAGCUAACAAAGUCUGCUGGUGGAGACCCUGACAUAAGUCUCGAUGAGUUACUUGCUGGACUGGCACGGUCCAUGAGUGGUAGCAAGUACUUUUCUGGAGCUGCAUCUCUGAAGGAGUUCAUUAUUUCUCAGGGCGAUUUUAUUUAUAAGCAGCUCAUUGGUUUAGACAUGACGUUGGAGGCCAAUGACAAGGGGUUCACAGAGAUUCCUGCUCUUUCUGCUCUUAGAGAUGAGAGCAAGAAACAAGCAAACUUUGCAAAUGCACAAGUGAUGCCAUCAAAUGCGACUUUAAGGAUUGGUUCUGGAACCGGGAAUGAAGAGAAGAAGGAUCAGAUGGAUUCUGUAGAUGAAGAAGAUGAAGAUGCAAAGCUAGCAAGGCUAUUGCAGGAAGAAGAGUACUGGAAAUCAAAGAAGCAGAGGAAAAACCCUAGAUCAUCCUCGUCAUCUAACAAAUUCUAUAUCAAAAUCAAUGAAGAUGAGAUAGCCAAUGAUUACCCUCUCCCUGCUUAUUAUAAAACUUCUCUUCAAGAAACAGAUGAAUUUAUCGUUUUUGAUAACGACUAUGACGUGUAUUACACUGAAGAUCUUCCUAGAAGCAUGCUUCAUAACUGGGUUUUAUACAACUCUGAUUCUAGAUUGAUUUCCUUGGAACUUCUUCCUAUGAAACCUUGCUCAGAAAUAGAUACAAUCUUUGGAUCAGGUGUAAUGACCUCAGAUGAUGGAAGUGGGUUCAAUCUUGAUACAGAGGCUGGCCAAUCUUCCAGUGUUUCUGGAGAACAGGCCACUAAUGGAAUUCCAAUUUAUCUGAGUGCUAUAAAAGAAUGGAUGAUUGAAUUUGGGUCUACUAUGGUUUUCAUAUCCAUCCGAACAGAUAUGGCCUGGUAUAGACUUGGCAAACCAUCAAAGCAGUACUCUCCUUGGUACGACACCAUAUUGAAAACUGCAAGGGUUGCUAUAAGCAUUAUCACAUUGUUGAAGGAGCAGAGCCGUGUAUCACGACUUUCCUUCGGAGAUGUCAUCAAAAAAGUAUCCGAGUUCAGUCAAGACAAUAAGUCAUACAUAUCUUCUGAUGCAUUGGCUGUGGAGACAUAUGUUGUUGUCCACGGUCAGAUAAUUCUGCAACUCUUUGCAGAAUUUCCAGAGGAGAAGAUCAGGAAGUGUCCUUUUGUGGCUGGUCUUACGAGCAAAAUGGAAGCGCGGCACCAUACCAAAUGGUUGAUGAAGAAGAAGAAAGUGUUGCCAAGGAGUGAGCCAAAUUUAAAUCCCAGGGCAGCAAUGGCCCCUGUUGUAUCCAAAAGAAAAGCCAUGCGAGCCACAACAACAAAGCUGAUAAACAAAAUAUGGGGAGAGUAUUACUCAAACCACUUGCCGGAGGAUUCAAAAGAGGUAAUUGCUAGUGAAGUAAAGGAUGAUGAUGAUGAAGCGGAGGAACAGGAACAGGAACAGGAACAGGAAGAGAAUGAAGAUGAGGAUGCGGAGGUGGAGACAGUACUGUUGGAGGGAAUGCAAAAGCCGCACUCAGUUUCCAAACAAACUAAAGCGUUUUCUGAUGACGGAGAAAUUAGAUGGGAAGGGGUCCCUGAAGGGAAGACCAGUUCUGGAUUGUUUCUUUAUAAGCAAGCAAUUAUUCAUGGUGAAGUUGUUUCUGUUGGAAUAUCUGUGUCAGUUGCAGUAGAUGCAUCGGAUGAACUUCCUGAUAUAUACUACGUUGAAUAUAUGUUUGAAUCGAAUGGUGGGAAAAAAAUGUUUCACGGUAGGAUGAUGCAGCAUGGUUGUCAGACUGUUCUUGGCAAUGCAGCUAACGAGAGGGAGGUGUUUUUGACUAAUGAGUGCAGGGAUUUGGGACUGCAGGAUGUUAAGCAGAUAAAUGUUGUAAGCAUCCAAAAAACACCUUGGGGACAUCAACAUCGAAAGGAUAACAUCAUUGCAGAUAAAAUCGACAGGGAAAGAGCAGAAGAAAGGAAAAAGAAAGGACUCCCUACUGAAUAUUACUGUAAAAGCUUGUACUGGCCUGAAAGAGGUGCUUUCUUUAGCCUUCCGUUUGAUACACUGGGUCUAGGGUCUGGUGUCUGUCAAUCUUGCAAGUUACAAGAAGCCGAAAAGGAGAAGGACGUUUUCAAAGUAAAUUCAUCCAAGUCUAGUUUUGUAUUGGAGGGAACUGAAUAUUCUCUCAAUGACUAUGUUUAUGUCAGUCCUUUUGAAUUUGAGGAAAAAAUAGAGCAGGGAACUCAUAAGGGUGGGAGGAACGUAGGGCUGAGAGCUUAUGUUAUAUGCCAAGUGCUUGAGAUCAUUGCCAAGAAGGAAACAAAACAAGCUGAAAUAAAAUCUACAGAUAUCAAAGUCAGAAGGUUCUUCCGACCGGAAGAUGUAUCAAGUGAGAAGGCAUACUGUUCUGAUGUGCAAGAGGUGUAUUACAAUGAUGAAACAUGUACAAUAUCUGUACAAUCCAUAGAAGGUAAAUGUGAAGUCAGGAAAAAGAUUGACGUCCCUGAAGGAUGUGCCCCCGGAAUCUUCCAUAAUGUCUUUUUCUGUGAGCUCUUGUAUGAUCCUGCCACUGGAGCACUCAAGAAGUUGCCUGCACAUAUCAAAGUAAAAUACUCUACUGGACACACAGCUGAUGCUGCAGCUAGAAAGAAAAAGGGAAAAUGUAAAGAGGGAGAUAACAUUUCAAAGCCUGAUCUAGAAAGAAAAACAUUAAAUGAAAAACGUUUAGCAACCUUGGACAUUUUUGCAGGAUGCGGUGGCUUAUCAGAGGGGUUGCAUCAGUCUGGUGUUUCAUCAACUAAAUGGGCUAUUGAGUAUGAAGAACCAGCUGGGAAUGCGUUUAAAGCCAAUCAUCCUGAAGCAUUGGUGUUUAUUAACAAUUGCAAUGUUAUUCUUAGGGCUAUAAUGGAGAAAUGCGGAGACAUAGAUGAUUGUAUCUCAACGACAGAGGCUGCAGAGUUGUCCUCUAAACUUGAUGAGAAGGAUUUAAGUAAUUUACCCUUGCCCGGGCAAGUUGAUUUCAUUAAUGGAGGACCUCCAUGCCAGGGUUUCUCAGGGAUGAAUAGAUUUAACACAAGCACGUGGAGUAAAGUUCAGUGUGAGAUGAUACUCGCAUUCUUAUCCUUUGCUGAUUAUUUCCGGCCAAGGUAUUUCCUGUUGGAGAAUGUGAGGAACUUUGUGUCUUUUAAUAAAGGACAGACGUUCCGUUUAACUUUGGCUUCACUUCUUGAGAUGGGUUAUCAGGUGAGGUUCGGUAUCCUUGAGGCUGGAGCUUUUGGUGUUUCACAGUCAAGAAAAAGGGCAUUUAUAUGGGCUGCCUCUCCAGAGGAUGUGCUUCCAGAGUGGCCAGAACCAAUGCAUGUCUUUUCUGCUCCUGAAUUGAAAAUCACAUUGUCAGAAAAUGUCCAGUAUGCUGCCGUCCGCAGUACUGCAAAUGGUGCCCCAUUACGUGCAAUAACUGUUCGGGAUACCAUUGGUGAACUCCCAGCUGUAGGCAAUGGAGCUUCUAGGACAAACAUGGAGUACCAAAGCGAUCCUGUGUCAUGGUUUCAAGAGAAAAUUCGAGGCAAUAUGGCUGUGUUGACUGAUCAUAUUUCAAAAGAGAUGAAUGAGUUGAACUUGAUUCGAUGUCAGAAAAUUCCCAAGAGACCAGGUUGUGAUUGGCGCGAUCUUCCAGAUGAAAAGAUAAAGCUGUCAAGUGGACAACUUGUUGAUUUGAUACCAUGGUGCUUGCCAAACACUGCUAAGAGGCAUAACCAAUGGAAGGGACUGUUUGGUAGGUUGGACUGGCAAGGAAAUUUUCCAACUUCCAUCACUGACCCUCAACCAAUGGGGAAGGUUGGAAUGUGCUUCCAUCCUGAUCAAGAUAGAAUUCUUACUGUUCGUGAAUGUGCCCGAUCUCAAGGCUUCCCAGAUUGCUAUCAAUUUUAUGGUAACAUCAUACACAAACACAGGCAGAUUGGUAAUGCUGUCCCCCCUCCUCUGGCAUUUGCGUUAGGGACAAAACUCAAGGAAGCAGUGGAUAGUAAGAGCGCCAAGUAGAAGACUAGGGCAUGCAUCCUAAUGGUGGCUUGUUUCGUGAUCGCUUAGGUACUUCCCUUGGUGCCUUUACCUGUCAUUUGGAAAAUUCUUCCGUUUUUACCGCGGAAAUUCAUGGUUUUAUUUUGGCUUUGGAUUAUGCUACCCACAAUGGGUGGAUAAACUUAUUGUUUGAAAGUGAUUCCACCAGUGCUCUGAUGAUCUUUAAAAACUCUUCGUUAGUUCCGGUUUUGCUUCAAAAUCAAUAGCAUCAUGCUUGUAAAAAGGCAAUUUUUGCGCAGAUAAGUUGGCUAAUGAGUCAUUUGAUUCAGGGUACUGUUUGGUUGUCGGUGUUACCUCCUGAUUGCAUGCUGAUGUAAGGACCGUUGUGGUGUGCCAAGAUAUAGGUUCCCUUAGGCGGUUGGUUUUUUUUUAUUUUUUAUUUUUUUCCGGUUUUUGUUUUUUUGGAGGGUUUUGGUCUAGUUCCCCCUCUUCCCUCUUGUAUACACUUUUCUUAUUUUUUUAAUAAAAUUUCUGAGAUUGACGGGCAUAGGAUGGGCUUCAGUGAGGUACCAACCUUAGUUGAGAUGUCGCUCCCUCCCCUUGAUGCCCGUCCUUUCUCCUGAUUUAGCAAAAAAAA